GGCGUAAUGUGACCUCCGUUUCAGGUUUUUUUUUUCCCCUUUUCACUUGUUUGCAGAGUUGGAGAUAAAGCUGAGCGCUGUCAUUGUCCGAAGCCAGAGCCAGGACCCACGAGACCGUCUCUGCUUUGCCGGGAAGGAAACUGAAGGGAGCUGUGUACAAUAGACUGGCAGUGUCUGGGCUGCGCUGUCUACAGGCACAGAGUCUUUUUUGUCAACUGCCAGCUUUAUCUACGUCUCCAGCUUUGACCUCUUCAUCUAGUCCAGGUGGGCGCACAGCUGGAAGACUUCUGUGUGGAUACAUAACGUCACCAGAAGCUGUUUGAAGCAUGACAGACACCAUGUUUGGCAGCGGGAACAGCCAGUGGGUUUGCCCUAAUGACCGACAGCUCACCUUGAGAGCCAAGCUACACACCGGGUGGUCGGUCCACACGUUCCAGUCUGAGAAGCAGAGGAAGUCUCAGGCGCUGGACAAGCGGGAGCUGGACAUCAUCCUGAGUGUCAUCCACAGAGCUGAACAGCUGGAGUUGAUCGAGCAGCACCGGAUCGGGCGGCUAAUUGAGCGUUUGGAGAACAUGAGGAGGUCAGCAGUGGGGAACGGGCUGUCUCAGUGUUUGCUGUGUGGGGAGGCUCUGGGGCUGCUUGGAACACCUUCAGUACUGUGCCUCGACUGCUGUAAGAAAGUAUGUACGAAGUGUGGGAUCGAAAUGGCGUGCAGUCAGAAGCGAGCUCAGUGGCUAUGCAAGAUCUGCAGCGAGCAGAGGGAGGUGUGGAAGCGUUCCGGAGCCUGGUUCUACAAGGCCUUGCCAAAGCAUAUUCGUCCAGUGAGUGAUCCGCUCUCUCACAUCAGGAGGCCGCUUCUAGGGAGAGAAGAUCAGCCAGUGGCCAGGAGUGUGCCAGUUACUUACACAUGGGCCCACAGUAAAGUUGAUUCCAGUGAGAGUGAAGGCAGCGACACAGAGCUCAGCGAGAGCAGCAGUGACAGAAAGCUCUUCAUCUCUGAGAGCAUCAAAAGGAGACACUCGGCUCUCUCAGAGUCUAGUGGAAGUUCAGCACCUGCAGUGCUCCAGUCCAUUCUGACCAAUCCGUCCAGGGCCAGCUUCCUGUCUGGGAGUCGCUCCAGCCUGGCCAGUGAGAGGAGCAGCCUCGCCCCCGCCCCGGAGGACGAGGACACGGACCACAGCCGCCCCUCACUGACGCCGCCGCCGCCAGGCCUCAGCCGCGCCGGAUCCCUGCGCUCCUCCUCGUCCUCCUCCACCGCCGCCGGGGCCGGACGUAGCCCGGAGGGCCCCGCAGCCACCAGGGACGAGGGCCGGGAUGAGGACGAGCUGGACCGAGCCUUUGGCGCCGCCUCCGCUCCGCCGGCGGCCAGUAAGAAGGAGGAAGAGCCGGACGUGGAGGGCUACGACUCGGACGACUCCACAACUCUGGGCACGCUGGACUUCAGCCUGCUGUACGACCAGGAGAACAAUGCGCUGCACUGCACCAUCAACAAAGCGAAGCUCCCUGUGCCCAGGUACAGAAAGGGACUCAAACCCAUGGACCACAAUGGGCUGUCGGAUCCCUAUGUUAAACUGCACCUGCUGCCUGGAGCCAGUAAAGCCAAUAAGCUCCGGACCAAGACUCUCCGGAACACCCUCAACCCGGUCUGGAGCGAGACGCUAACCUACUACGGCAUUACUGACGAGGAUAUGGUCCGCAAAACACUCAGGAUUUCGGUGUGUGACGAGGACAAAUUCCGCCACAACGAAUUCAUAGGAGAGACCCGGAUCCCCCUGAAGAAGCUCAAACCCAACCAGACCAAGAACUUCUACAACUGCCUGGAGAAGCAGCUGCCUAUUGACAAGACAGACGACAAAUCUCUGGAGGAGCGAGGCCGGAUCAUGAUCUCACUAAAGUACAGCUCACAGAAGUGCGGACUGGUGGUGGGCAUCAUCCGCUGCGCCCACCUUGCAGCCAUGGAUGCCAAUGGUUUCUCCGACCCGUACGUCAAAACAUACCUGAAGCCAGAUGAGAACAAGAAGUCAAAGCACAAGACUACGGUCAAGAAGAAGACCCUUAAUCCAGAGUUUAAUGAGGAGUUCUUCUAUGAGAUUAAAUACGCCGACCUCAGUAAGAAAACCCUGGAGGUGACCGUGUGGGACUAUGACAUUGGGAAAUCCAAUGAUUUUAUAGGUGGAGUAUCUCUUGGCAUCAACGCUAAUGGAGAGCGCCUGAAACACUGGUUCGACUGUCUGAAAAACAAAGACAAGAAAAUCGAGCGCUGGCACACGCUUACCAAUGAACUCCCUGGUUCAGGCUUCAAUGACUAAAGGCAGCCAUGCCAGAUCCCCGACUCCCCCUCUCCUCCCCUUUCUGUGCAAUGUCCUCUCGAGCCCAGCCUUCGUUCGGCACCUUCGACACUCCAGAAGUUUUACAGUUGGGAGAUGAGUACCAAAACUAAUGCACAUGCUCUAUCUCUAUAUGUCCCGUCCCUGGUGUUGACCUUGCUGUUUGAUCCUGUUGUGUGGCUUUUGGGCUUAUAUAAGGGUCUUUGAUCAGCAUGUGUUUUAUUCAGACCUGUUGAAUAUGGAGAUGCGUCGCUUUCACCAAUGGCACAGGAUUGGUUUUCGACCGAUCCCCUGUGUACCAACAUUUAAACCUACUGUUAAACCUACUGUUCUCUGCUCUUUCAGCUCACUCUGACCUUUAGUAUGUAAUCAAGGAUGUUGUUUACAAAAAGCCGUCAAUGGAUGUUGAGGUCACAAAUGGCGUAUCGUUCUGAAAUAAAAAAGAAAAAAACAAAAUUGAUCAAGGACUUUGGUCAAGAAACCAUCUAUUGUUUACAUCUAGAAUACAGAUCGAAACUAUGAUGCCUACCCGAAAUUUUGAAGGCAAAAAAACAAAAAAGUAUGCUACAAGUGAGGAUACUGAUGUUAUGCAUAAGAUGGAUGGGGAAAAAGUUGGGUGUUUGAGUUUUUUUUUUUUAUUUCAUUUAAUCCUCCAAGCAUUGAAGUUUUAGGUGUUUUGUUGUGCUUGUAAUCUCAUAUAAGAACCCAGUGUCAGUGUGUAUUGAUGAAUGUAUUUUAUUUAGUUAACCUUUUCUACACUAUAACGUUGAGAGCGCCCGACAGAAAGCGAUGCAGGAAAAGCGACGGACCUUCUUCCACCCUGUUUACAUGUUAAGCGAAACACAGAAAAGCCUAUGGAACAGAAAUGAUGCUACAGGUAAGGAUUUGCAAGUAAAGCUUUGGUCCACUGAUUUUCCUAGUAUUACAGUAAGAGUACAGUAAUAUUAAUUUUAGAUGCCCUACAUACAGUCUUAUGCAAAUGUUUUAAUUUGUUUUAACUGUAAACAGCCUCUGUAGCUAAUUAAACAUAAAACAGUAUUUUCAGCACAUACUUAUGCACAACAUUAAAAACACCACAAAUAUCAAUGUGGCCUGUGUUCAAAUCGGGAUUUACUAACACCAGAAAUAACAGGCCUCACAGUCUUUCAGGCCUCUGUUAAUAAGAUAUAUCUAGGUGAUCUUGCAGCAUAGCUUGAUCUAUGCAAAAAUUCACACAUCCAAUUUUGCUGAUAUUUUGUGGAAUCUAUUAUUCCCAUUACAGCACAUUAUUAUUGUGUUGUAUCUGCCAGUGCCACCGGUUGCAUCACAACCCAGACCCCAUGAUCCACCUCCAUGCUUCACAGUUGGCAGGGGCAUUUUGUCCUAAAACUCUCCAAGCAUACCUUUGCUGAUUGUGGGCAAAAAGUUCUAUUUUGUGGUCAUCAGUCCACAGCACUUGUUUCCUUAUCUGGCAUGUCUGGAUGUUCUGUAGCAUUUUUUAAAUGUUGAGUUUUGUGAGGUAGCAUUACAACUCUUCCAGAACUAUUAUAUUUCUGCAAACACUGGAAUGGUGCACCACGCUUUUGACUCAAAUGUUGACACAGCUAAAUAUUUUCUUGGCUGUUGUAUUAGGCAGGGUUGUACAAAAUUCUGAAUUUAUCUGAGUUUAAAUUUGAAUUUGAAUUGAGAUUGCAAACAGGAAGUGGAAUUACAAUUUAAAUUUGAAAUGAUGGAAGUAGAAUUUGAAUUCCAUUAAAUUCAAAGAAGUUCAUAAUACAUAAUUAAGGUGUGUUUAACAAUGAUGCUUUACAGUAUAUAUUACAUAUGAAUAAAACAUAAAUUCCAUACACAUAUUAUUGAAUGACCAAAAAUUGACAUCAAAUCAUAAUCAAAUUGUAAAAUGAUAGGACAGCACCUAAUUUUUCAAAAUACCUUGUUUUAUCCAAGUCUUCAAAAUAAAAGAAGAAAAAUGAUAACUGGGCUAGAUCAUUAAGGGAAUGUAUGCUUAAUGUCUGUACUUAAAAAGAUAAUUGUAUAAUAACAAUAUAAUAUAAUUCUCUGAAUUCAAAUUCAAUUGAACGGCCUGCAGGGUUGACUCAAUUCAAAAUUUAAUUAUUUCUUUAAAUUAAAUUCAGUUCUAAAAUUCAGAUUUUUACACAGACCUGGGGUUGGGGUUGGGGGGGGGGGUGAUUUGCAUGUCUUACUAUAAUAAGAGCAUGUCUCUCCAAGAGUUUUCUUGGUCUUCCAGAUCUCAUCUUGACCGCCGAAGGUUCCCUGUAGCAACUUCUUAUCCAUUUCCCAAUAACGUUCCACACUUUAGAAACAGCGAGCUAAAAAUAUGCUUGCCUGUCUUCUUGUAGCUUCCCCUGCCUUGUGGGCACUGAUUCAGAUUUUAGACUUGUUGUUUAUUUGAGUCAACAAGAGUCCCUAAUUACAACUGGUGGCAUUCUUAAGGAGGGAUUUCCUAAAAAAAAAAAAAGUAAAAUGCCUAAAAAUGUAAUGUGCUUAGAGGGUCAACACAUUCACACAGGCCACACUGACUAUUUUUGGUUGUUAUGAAUGACAGAAUACAUGUGUAUACUUCUUGAUGAUUUGCUGAAACUUUAAAUAGUAUUUAAUGUCUGAUUAGCUACAGAAGACAACACUCAUAAGACUACAUAAGACUGUACACAGUACUGUGCAAAUAUUAGAGACCGAUAUUAAAAUUUUAAGUCAAAGUUACAUGAAGUUAAUAAGUUAAUAAAUAAAUCUAUUUUAGCCUCUAACAAAAAUGCAAGACCUGGCAUACCACCAAACUUGUCCUUAUCUGGUAAACAGCACCUAAAGCUUUCAUGUUUCAGAGAAAGAGGACAAGAUGUGGAGCUGAUCAAUAAGCUUUUACUGAGAAAAAUAAACUGACAACAAAUAUCUUUUUAUUAAAAGCAACUUUAUGCGGGACUUGAGCUUCCUCCGUUAGGAAGUGUACUUUAUACUUUGAGCCACCACUAAAGAACAUGCUUUACACAUGCAUUUCUGGACAAGCUGAGAAAAAACAGAACUACCAUUGCAUAUGAACUGAGGCAGCAGAAUAAUAUUUACCGGAUUUUACACAAAUAUUAGUCGGGAUACGCGGUGUUACACAGUUCUCGCAAGCAUUGCAUUUAGCAGAGUGCCAAGUGCAGAGUAGGAAUGGUAUGCUAUUGAAAUGCUGCUUAAUGGAGCAUGAAAAAUGAUUUUAAACUUGUUAGUUUAAGGCAAAAUUGCUGUACAAUGUUACUACAAAGUGUAUAUGCAAGUGAUCCUUAAGACCAAAAGGCUUCAACAUUGUUUAAUGGGUUUGAGAUGACUUGGACUGAAUUAUAAGUAUGGAAAAAUCCAUGCAGAUUUCUGCAUAAGAAAUUAGUCUUUUGAGGAGGAUAGAAGCUGAAAUAAUGGAGUGAACAUUUUUUAUGUUAAACAAAACGUCUUGAAACAGAGAACAUAAUCAUCAUUUUGACUUAAAAUUAAAUACAUAAUAGAUGGUCUCUGUCUUUUGCACAGUACUGUGUAUAACUUGCAGAGAGGAAAUGAAUCCAGAAAUUAGUGAUGACACCUUAAGACACCAUUAUGUGCGAGGAGAAUUUGACAGGCAAACGACUCACGGAUCGCAGACUAGACCAUUUAGAUUCAGAAUUCUUUUCUUUUACAAUCCUCUUUUCUUCUUUUCUCUUUUUUUAGUCAACCGAUGCUAGUUCCACUCAUUGUUGAUGAAACUGAUCUGCUAACAGUGAUUAUCAGAAUAUAAAUACUAUACAAUAUUCAUCUGUAACAGGCUCAGCAUGAAAUGUGUGGGUUAUGAUUAGUUUUGACUACUGAACCUUUAAUCAAUAUUUAUUUCAGUGUUCAUUUUUUUAGGCUGAUAUUUCUAUUUUGGUGUAGUAUGUUUUAACUGUUAUGUGAGCUAGCAAAUGACUACGGACAGCGAAUGUCCACAUUCCAGUAGUUUGUAGAAGAACUCUAAUUACGUGGCCCAGGUAUGUGAAGCUGAGGUCUUAGUACUUCAGACGUUGCUUGGAAAGGCAAACCUUCUCUCUUAAAGCACUCUCUCUCUCUCUCUCUCUCUCGGUGCAACAGCCAGACUUGUGACAUCUUUUGUAAUCUGUUUGCCUUUGUACUCAAACCUCUAUGGCAUAAAAAAAGAAAUUGCAUGCAAUGUUAUUAAACUGUCAUUAAACUGACUUUGCUUAAUGUCAAUCAAUUGACUUUGCUUAAUGUUUGAUACUGCUGUUCUCUUCUGUAAAUCACUCUGAAUGCUACAAGAAUGUCAAGUCUUUUUCUUCUUGGACGUUUUUUGUACCUAUGAACGCUGUCGCAUUGCCCGUCAGGCUGCUCUAUUGACCGGAGAUGUGAUUGCAUGUUAUAAGAAAAAUUAUUUAAAAAUUCUCUGUCUUGUUCUGUUUUUUUUUUUUUAAGACUCAGGCAAUUGUUUGCAUUCUAGUGGUUCUCUGAUAUAUUCCUACUCCUGGUUCACCUUAACUCUUGCACCGAAUGGCCGAAUUAUCGUGCCUUUUCUUUUGUAACAGUGUGUUUUUUGCACCGCUCACUUUACAGAGAUUCCUAGAUGGAUAUUAGCUUUUAAUAUGGAAAAAUAUUCAAAAAAUAUAUGAUGACAUUUGGCACAUUUAUAUUCCUGUCCGUGUUCUACUGUCGGAAUAUUGUAUCACUCUAAAUAUGCCACUUGAUGACACAUUACUGAUGUGUCCUUUACACUGUGUGACUGUGCUGGUGGUGGCUGGGGUGCAAGGUUGAGGUGGAGGAUGCUCAAUCCGUGAAACUACAGAUUCUGCUUUCUGCUUUUUUUUGUGACAUUACACAUCAAACUAAGGGCAAACUGCUGUAUAAUCAGCUCUAUUUGUGGAAGGACAGUCUGCACCACCAGUAUGAACACAAGUACAAAUACUUGUAAAUGUUUGGUUUCUUGAUAAAACAGUACAGAGUUGUUAAUUUAAAGCAACUCAAAUCGCCAUCUGGCACUCUGAACACAUCAUUCAUAAUUCACUUAUUUUUAGAUUUUGGUUGAAAAUCACGGUCUGACAGAAAAACACCUUCAAAACAACCUCAGAAACCAGAAUCUGUUGUUUCCUUUAUGUCUCUUUUGAAAAUGUUUAAGUAUUAUCUCAAGUGUGUUUUUUACUCGGGCGGAUGAUGUGCUAUUUAUAUAUGUUCUGAACUGGAAACCCAUGUCUAAUAAAGUAGAGAACCAACAGAAAA